AUGACCAUUAGUGCAACCCUUAAGUUCGACUCGGAAGAUAUGCACACACAUACAGCGCCCACUCUUGACUUAAAAGCGACUCCUAAAUCCGAACCCGAGGAUGACGUUGGCUCCCCGCCUUUGCUCAAUAUACCCUAUGUACAGGAGGACACCACGCCAGCACCUGUCUUUGUCCGGUACGGCAGCGCCUCUGCGGCUACGACUCCAAGUAGAUGGGCCGAGUGGACCAAGUACGCGCCGUACGCGGCGGACGGGACGCUCAAAGAGGCGCGGCGGUACAAGAGGGUCAGCGCCAAAUAUUGA